AACGCUUGAGAAAGGCACGGCUGUAGGGCCACUCAGGCAGUUGUGGGCACAAUUCAGGCAACUUCUCCACCGUCCUAGUGAGGAGGGGAGACUUAAGGAAGCAGUUCGAGGACCCAGGGACCUGAGUGGUGGGGCAGCAGGUCUCAGGCCUGUGACAUUUGACCUGGGAUGAGCCAGUUUGAGUCUUCCCCCCAGAAGGAGAGAUGAGGCACAACCUGGAAGGCUGUUCGUACCAGAAACACUUCCCUUCAGUUUCCACCAGGGCAGGUUAAGUUGUCAGCCAAGGGCGUCGCAAGGACCAACUGACUUCUGGGACAGUAGAGGGCAGAUAUCAGGCCAGCCCCAGCCCUCCCUUGUGUUUGUAGAGGUGAUAGUGCGGACUGAUAGCUGGCUCUGAUGCCUUUGGCCUUAUGCAGAGGAGACUAUAAGCCCCAGAGGACACUUCCUGGGUCCAGUCCAGGCAAGCAGGAGAGGACAUGGCGGCCCUGCAGGAGAAGAAGUCAUGCAGCCAACGCAUGGCCGAAUUCCGGCACUACUGUUGGAACCCGGACACUGGGCAGAUGCUGGGCCGCACCCCAGCCCGGUGGGUGUGGAUCAGCCUCUACUAUGCAGCUUUCUACGUGGUCAUGACCGGGCUCUUCUCCCUGUGCAUCUACGUGCUGAUGCAGACCAUCGACCCCUACACCCCAGACUACCAGGACCAGUUAAAGUCGCCGGGGGUAACCUUGAGGCCCGAUGUGUACGGGGAAAGAGGGCUGCAGAUUUCCUACAACGUCUCUGAGAAUACCUCCUGGGCUGGCCUCACACACACCCUUCACAGCUUCUUAGCAGGUUACACCCCGGCAUCCCAGCAGGACAGCAUCAACUGUACCUCUGACAAAUACUUCUUCCAGGAGAGCUUCUUGGCUCCAAACCACACCAAGUUCUCCUGCAAAUUCACUGCAGACAUGCUGCAAAACUGCUCAGGCCUGGUAGACCCCAGCUUUGGCUUUGAGGAGGGAAAGCCCUGCUUCAUUAUUAAGAUGAACAGGAUUGUCAAGUUCCUUCCCAGCAACAACACAGCCCCCCGAGUGGACUGCACCUUCCAGGAUGAUCCCCGAAAUCCCCGGAAGGACACUGAGCCCCUACAGGUCGAGUACUAUCCACCCAAUGGCACCUUCAGUCUCCACUACUUCCCCUACUAUGGCAAGAAAGCCCAGCCUCACUAUAGUAACCCUCUGGUGGCAGCAAAGCUUCUCAACAUCCCCAAGGACACAGAAGUCAUCAUUGUGUGCAAGAUCCUGGCAGACCACGUGACUUUCGACAAUCCCCAUGACCCAUAUGAAGGGAAGGUGGAGUUCAAACUUACAAUACAGAAGUAAGAAGCUGGAGUGGCCGUCCACACCUACGGAGGCCCAGCUGGCCACUCGCUCCUGACUGCACACCCUCCGCUGGCCAGUGUGCAGAGCCAUUCGAACGGCUCAGCGCUAACACCACUGCCCACCUGCUGACACCAGGAGGUGCUCCUGUCCCCCACUCCCCCUGAACGUUACCAGCUUUCUACUAAAUUCCUAUAUGUUUGCAAUCCAGCUGUAGCUGCGGGGUUAACACAGGAACCCAGAGUCCUGUAACCACGGAAGAGACCCCAGAGUGGCCCACCUGUCGCUAUUACUGCUCUGUGAUCACUUGUCUUCCCUGAACUUCAAUAUGAACUGAGGAUCCAUAUCAGUGUAACACUGGUCACCCUGGCAUGACACAGUCCCAACUUGUGCUUCUGAGACUACAACCCCUAUGCCAUAAAAACAAACUAUAUCAAAGCUAUUGUGUCUGGAAAAGUCAUGUCUUUCCUGACCCUGAAGGAAAUUUUUACUAAGAACCAAGUGCUCCUUUCU